AUGUUGCGACGAUAUCUCCCCCAAAUGGCAGAGUUGAAGCGAGUACACUUGGCGGAUGUCAGCCUCUCCCCAGAGCAUGCCAUAGCCCUUGCAGAAAUAUUACCGGAUUGCCGUCGUCUGUGUCAUAUCAAUAUUUUGGAAAACCCGAAAAUUGUUGCUCUAGCUGCGGCAAAAGACGCCACUGCUCAAGAAGAGGCUUGCGCAUUAUAUGCUUCUUUGAUGACAGCGGUCCGCAUUUCACAUACCCUUAUCGCAAUAGACAUUGACGUGCCUACGGCGGAAAACAAGGAAGUUGUCAAGGCCCUAGCAUCCCAAAUCGUUGCCUAUUCGCUUCGGAACCUCGAGCGAGGUGAGCUUGUGGAAGAGCUCUCUGAUGGCGCAACCCCUGAAAAACACACUGUCCCCAUGCCUGAUAUUCUUCUACAUAUCGUUGGAAACGUAGAUGAUGACGGGGUGGAUGAUCCCGUGAAGCCAGCUCCAGAUGAGGACUAUGUUAUUGGUGGUACUGGACUAGUGAAAGCUCUGGGCGUUUGCCUUGGAAAUGCUGAGCACAAUACCUUGGAGGGCAUGGGUGAUACCUCUCCGACUUCCACUGGCAGGUCAACACCGCUACGUCGUUCCAGCAGCGUUGGAGCUAAAAAGCCUCGUGACAUGUCGAGGAAUCUCCUCAAUUCCGCAAGGAAAAUCCGUGUGCGAUUACAACCGGUCCUUGUCAGGGAAGACAGGGCUGGUAAUGAAAUGAAUUAUCGGCGGCUUCAAUUCCUUGACUUCACUCUGCAGAGGAUGAUUCAACGAUUCGAAGAUGAAUACCCAGAUACACGCCUCUCAACUGAACUGGAUCCCACAAAAACCAAUCUUCCACAAUCGAACUCUUCACACGCGUCCACAGCGGACUCCGUUGAGCAGUCUAAACUCGACGACUCCGCUAUCCUGGACGCUCCCGCACCAAGCCAAAGCGCAGAUCCAGACGCAGACGCAGACGCAGACACUGCCGUCGACGACGAGGACACAGACCACUACGCCAUCCGCCUGUCCCGCAGGGGAUCAAACACGUCCCUGCAUUCCAGAGCCCUCACCUCAGAGGAAGGCAGAGUCCACCGCUUUCAACAACAUAUCCGCCGUGACAUCCUCAACACCAACCUCGGAGCAGCUACGACGGAUACCCUGUCUUCAGUUCCCGAUGAAGCGAAGGUUGCGGCCUUGCGUGGAAAGCUCGAACGGCUUCGGAGCAGCGAAAUGCAGACGCGCAUCGAGCUCGUUGGGCCUGAUAAAGCGUUAGAAGAGCUGGGGGCGAAUAUUGAGGAGUUGCUUGCGCUGCGAGAGAGGGAUCCGGAGGCUUUUGAAAGUUUUAAGGCGAGCCAGAUUGCUGCUCAGAUUAAUUCUGGGCUUGGAAGGGAAGGGUUGUGA